AUGUCUCCUUAUCAGUUGGUCUAUAGAAAGGCUUGUCACUUGCCAGUUGAGUUGGAACAUAAAGCUUACUGGGCAAUCAAGUAUCUGAAUCUUGAUUCAGAAGCUGUAGGAAUUAAGCAAAUGCUCCAAUUAAAUGAGCUUGAUGAAUUCAGAUAUCCAGCUUAUGAGAAUGCCAAGCUCUAUAAGGAGAAGACCAAGUUAUUACAUGACAAGAAGAGUGCCAUCAGAGUAUUUGAGCCAGGACAGAGAGUGCUGCUGUAUAAUUCAAGGCUCAAAUUCUUUCCCAGAAAGCUGAAAUCUCGGUGGUCAGGACCGUUUGUGGUUACCAGAGCUUCACCAUAUGGUCAUGUGGAAAUACAGGAAGAGAACUCUGACAGGAAAUUUACAGUGAAUGGCCAGAGGUUGAAGCACUAUCUUGGAGGCGAGAUUGAUCGCCAGAGGUCCACUCAUCUGCUGAACUAG